AUGCAGCGAUCACCUUCAGAUUCCUCAGGUGUGCCGCCGCUCAAAAACCUAUCGUCGCUGAUCACAUCAGGAUGUUCGCAUAAUCCGGAUACAAUGGCGGACACAAUCCACACACCAGUCUGCUAUAGAUCCUCGAGCGCACUACACGACCGGCACACGCCGGAUGCAUGCCGCGCAAACGAUGCAGUCUCUUGCCUCCGACGAGAGUCAACUGUGGCGGACAUGCGGUCCUCCUCAAAACAAGAGGAAUCAUCCGUAAUCGGUACCCCAUCUCACCUCGCUUUAAAGGAUCAGAUCUCCUUGUUCUCUGCCUUACCUUUGCGCCUCGAAGACAGUUCCACCGUGGCGGAAGACCACUGCGCUCAGGAUGGCAGCUUGAUGCGGACAGGGCUCGACUACCCAUUCCCAUCGAAGGCGUUCUGCGACGGCAUAGUAGCCGAGUCGUUACCGUUUCCACUAGAGGAAGUACAUGAAAAUGUGGUGUCGCUGACUUCUGUUUUGCCACAGCAAUUGUCGGCGUCGAUUCUGACCUCAUCUAGUGGAAUAUUUUCCCCGACACUGGACAAGGGAUGUGUGGUGUCAGGAGUAACCGAGGCAUCUCAGUAUCCCGUGGCAGCGGCGAGUCUUUUGUUUUCCUCCUCCUCAAUCAUAUCCGCCGCCUCAUCGCGACUCAGUCGGUUCCACAGUGCAAGGUUAAUGCGAUGCCACUCGGCUCCAGCCCUGCGGAAGUCGGCCAACGGUCAUAAAGUGUGUGAGUUCAGUUCCCUGCCUGAGAGGAUAGUGAGCCGACAUCGGUCUGCAGCCGUAGAAGUAACCGCUUUACCUCUAACAAGCUCCGUGGCACGCCAUCGCGCUGAGUCUUCUCCCACACAGCUUCUACAUGACGUGAAUCUCACGUUAAGCUCUGGGCUAUGUGCGUCGCGUUUGCGAGCGACCACCAGUAUCCCCGAUGCGAUGCUGGAGGAGGUGACACCUGCGGCAUUCACUGGGGUUGGAUCGCAUGAGUUCUCCUUCCUUUCUCCUAGCAGCUCAGUGCUCACCUUCAUCGACCAUGAGUUUGACAUCAACACAACGGACUCAAGCGUCUUCCAUGCUGUGGAUGGUCUUCAUGGUACAUCUGCAGCAGGAAGCCUCCUCGACAGUGAAGGCGGGCGGCGUCCCACCGGCACAAGGCGCUACCGGCUAGCUAACUCGCGCUCACCCCUCUUGUCUACUGCGCAUGUGAUGCCAUGCAUAUCAGGAUCGACUGCCCGGAAUGGGUACCGGCCGGCUGUAGUGCCGUCAUUGAAGCAUCCUGCGCAGCUCACAUCCGAAUACGCGGCCGCAGUUCAAGCAGCGGCUAAGUAUGGCCGCAGUCUGCGUCAGAUCCUGGCGAUGCGCAGCGACGACGUUGACGGCACCUUGCGAGAUUCCGAGGAGACACCGAGUGAACCAUAA